UCCUCUCUCUCUCUCUCUCUCUCUCUCUCUCUCCCUCAUAUCACUUGCUAGCUACCUACCUAAUAUUGCUCUCUCUGCUCUCCGCUUUCUGCUCUUUCCCUUCAUUUCAUUCUGUCAUUGUCGAUCUCUCAAGCAACUCAUAUCAGUAUCAGACUAGUUAGCUAGCAAUGGCCUGCUUAAACGUUUGCAAAGAGCAGGGCCAUGAAACAGAGGAAAAGACGCAAAAGAAACAACAUAUUUGUACACUUGAUGGAACCGUUGAUUGGAAUGCUCACCCUGCAAUCCGAGGGACAACAGGAUCUUGGGUUGCUGGAAUUCUGAUUUUAGUGAAUCAAGGGUUGGCUACAUUGGCCUUCCUUGGAGUAGAAGUGAACUUGGUGUUGUUCUUGACGAGGGUGUUGGGGCAAGACAACGCAGAGGCAUUAAACAAUGUCAGCAAAUGGACUGGAACUGUCUACAUUUUCUCUCUUCUCGGGGCUUUUCUCAGUGACUCCUACUGGGGGAGGUUUAAAACCUGUGCCAUCUUCCAACUCAUCUUUGUCCUUGGUUUGGCUUCAUUACCACUAUGCGCCUACCUAUUCUUACUCAAGCCUAGAGGCUGUGGUGACAAGGAAACUCCUUGUGGAGGUCAUUCGGGAUUCCACGAGCCAUUCUUCUACAUUUCCAUCUACCUAAUUGCCCUUGGAAAUGGAGGUUACCAACCCAACAUUGCCACAUUUGGUGCAGACCAAUUUGAUGAAGAAGACCCUGAAGAAGGGCUCUCAAAGAUUGCUUUCUUCAGCUAUUUCUACUUGGCUUUGAAUCUUGGCUCUCUCUUUUCAGACACAAUCUUGGGCUAUUUUGAGGAUGAAGGGAUGUGGACACUAGGCUUUUGGGCGUCUGCUGGCUCUGCUUUAUUAGCAUUGGUCUUGUUCCUUUGUGGAACUCCAAGAUACAGACACUUUAAACCCAGUGGUAACCCUCUUUCUAGGUUUUGCCAAGUCAUCAUUUCUGCUUCAAGGAAAUGGAGGGUUGAGAUUAUGCCAGCUGUAGAAGACAAUCUCUAUGAGGAAGCUGGGGAGGAAAGCUCUAAAAAUGGGGCUAGAAAGAUGCUCCACACUGAAGGAUUUAAAUUCUUGGAUAGGGCGGCCUACAUCACAGAAAAAGAGCUGUACCAUUUGGAGAAGGAUGAUGGUGUUAGAAAUCCAUGGCGGCUUUGCACGGUGACACAAGUUGAGGAAGUAAAAUGUAUACUGAGGCUGCUCCCCAUUUGGCUCUGCACAAUUCUCUACUCUGUAGUUUUCAAUCAAAUGGCUUCCUUAUUUGUGGAACAAGGUGCUGCAAUGAAAACCAACGUGGCAAGCUUCCACAUUCCUCCUGCAAGCAUGUCGAGCUUUGACAUACUCAGCGUAGCAGCUUUCAUUUUCAUAUACAGGAGAGUUCUGGACCCUCUCUUUGCAAGACUUAAGAAUAACAGCAAUCCUAAAGGACUCACAGAGCUGCAAAGGAUGGGAAUUGGUCUUGUCCUUGCAAUAUUGGCAAUGGUAUCUGCUGGCGUCGUUGAGUGUUUCCGGCUGAAGUAUGCAAGAAAGGACUGCAGAAGCAACUGCGAAAGCCCGAGUUCUUUGAGCAUAUUUUGGCAAGUUCCACAGUAUAUGCUGAUUGGAGCAUCAGAGGUGUUCAUGUAUGUUGGACAGAUAGAGUUCUUUAAUGGACAAGCUCCUGACGGGUUGAAGAGCUUCGGGAGUGCUCUUUGCAUGACUUCAAUAUCUCUCGGAAACUAUGUGAGCAGCUUGCUAGUGACCAUUGUGAUGAAAUUCUCUACUAGGGAUGAUAUGCCUGGUUGGAUCCCUGGAAAUCUUAACAAGGGCCAUUUGGACAGGUUCUAUUUCCUUUUAGCUGCUUUGACAACUGCUGAUCUUCUGGUCUACUUUCUGUGUGCAAAGUGGUACAAGUAUACAACGUUUGAAGGAAGAAACGAAGAGGAUACCAAUAAUAAUAUUGCUAAUAGACAUGCUGAGCUUCAGGUCUAAGUUAGUUAAUUGGGUUAAUUAUGGUUUCGGUGGUCUAAUUAAUUUCAAAGUUUUGCUGUACUCUAUAUGUAUGUAUAUAUAAAUAAAGGCUGAAAGUGAGAGGUGGGGAGAAACAAUAGGGUUAAUGAGGGAUCUUUGUGUCUAAAUGCUUAUAAUGACGCUUAGAGAUAUGUAUGCAUUUUAUAUUUCUCUAGGCAGAGAAUUUAUAUAUGAAAGAUGUUGUAAGGAUAUACACUGGAUGUAAAUUUCACGUAAUUUGCGAUCUCUUUUAUAUCCAAAAGCUCAAAAAAUGGUAGAUUCUAAAUGCCAAGAGUUUACCGAAAAGUGGGCAUAGAAAGGAUAUCAGUUGAAGAACCAGGAUGGCUAUGGGAUAGCUACCAAUUUUAUCACUGCAGUGGGAACCAAAAUUUGGAAUGUGAUACGUGGAGGAAUAUGUAGAAGCAGAGCAAAAAGAGCCCUAAGACCACAUAUAUACUGGUGUCUCUUUGUGUCCUAAUUUGGUCGUCCAUUAUCAAU